AGAGCCUUUGCCUCUGUACCAUUUCAUUGUGCCAAGAACUACUCAGGUCUUGCAGCAAUGGGGGCUCAUUCUGCAGCGGCAGCUCUGUUCACUGCCCUUCUUGCUUUUGCUACACUUGUGAGCUGCAACACUGAAGGUGACAUUCUGUACGCGCAAAGGCAGGAAUUGAAGGACAUCAACAAUGUGCUGGCGAGCUGGGAUCCGACCCUUGUCAAUCCCUGCACUUGGGUCCACGUCACCUGCGACAAUAGCAACUCUGUCAUCCGUGUGGAUUUGGGAUCGGCAGGUCUAUCAGGCUCUCUGAUUCCACAGCUGGGAGGACUGAGUAACCUUCAGUACUUAAACUUGCAUGGCAACAACCUGACUGGCACCAUACCACAAUCCUUCGGCAACCUGACGAACCUUGUCAGGUUGGAGCUUCAGAAGAAUUCACUGAGUGGCACCAUCCCUGCUUCUCUUGGCAACAUCAAAACAUUGAAGUUCUUGCGGCUGAACGGGAAUUCUCUGACGGGGACGCUGCCGUUGGAAGUCCUCUCCCUUGUCCUUGUCGGGAAUUUGACUGAGAUAAAUGUUGCUAGAAACAAUCUGGACGGCACUGUCGGAUCAACUGGACUGAGAGUGACUGCAAUUAUCCAGGACAGACUGAAGAUCUCAGGCUGAGGCCAAGAUCGGGACUUAUUUUCUCACGCAUGCUGGAAAAUGGGAGUGGAAAAUAGAUGAUUUUAAUGUAUUACGCUAGACAUACAACAUUAUAAUUUUGUUUGAAUAAUAUUAUAUUUGUUGUUCACAUGACAACAUGUAUGGAGAUGAGAUUUAUGUAUGCAUUUUUCUUCAAAGUAAAGAUGAGGUUAACAUUAUUCACCAUGUGCUAAGUAGACAACAAUAAAGUUAUUUCUGGGCCAGAACCCAAUUCUCA